CUCUGGGGGCACUGCCAGCUCUGCGGGAGCUGCCGCGGGCUCUGAGGGUUUUCCUGGGAGCAGGUCCGUGGUGUGAGCAUCCCACCUUUGAUGGGCAGAAAUGUUGCAGCUCCAGGGAUGAGGGUGGGAGAGGUGACCUGCUUUUGGCUGGUGCGGGGCUGUGGAGGCAGCUGUGGUGUCUGAGCAUCCCUUUGUCUCCCCAUCCUCCUUCUCCCCAUCACGGGCAGAGUCUGACCUGCUCCCAGGCCAUGCCAGCAGCUGCGUUCCCCUGCUCUGUGCCCACUGGUGAUGCAUGGGGUGGUCCUUGCAGAGGGGACAGGAGCGUGCAGAGGGCUGAUCCCUGUCCCUGGAUCCGAGCGGGGCUGCACUCCCAGGGGCUCUCCCAGCAGGCUGGGGUGGGGGUUUUGCUGCAGCAUUCCCAACCUCCUGCCUUUGGACGCACAGAGCUGGGCACCUGGUAAUUCUGGCUCCUUAAAAGCCUGGGCUGUCAGAAUCGCUUUAGAGAUGGGCCUUCAAGAGGCUUCGGCGGGAGGGGAAGUGCAUAAUUUAUGGAGGUCUCUGGAGGAAGGACCCGAAGCUUUGUGUGGGCUCGUGUCUCUGCUGCCGCUUCUCCACCCUGGUGUAGCCAUGCAGAUCCUGGCACCUUCCUGCAUCCCGACCUCCCGCUGCUCCACUGGGGCCGGCAGGAGUGCGAGGAGCCGCUGACGGUGCCGGAGCGGGAUCCCUCCGGAGCCAUGCCACCCGCCCAGCCCGGCCCGGCCCCCUGAGCGCCGCGUUCCCGGCCCGAGCUCUGCCCCAGCACGGCGUUGGCAAUGAGCGGGGGUCACUUUUGCAUGGAGCGUUUGUCCUUCUGCCUCCUCCUGAGUGCCUGGAGCUGGGGGUGGGCGCCCGGGGGUGCUGCCAAGCCCAAAGGCCAGGGCUACCCGCACAUGAACUCCAUCCGCAUCGAUGGUGACAUCACGCUCGGGGGGCUCUUCCCUGUGCACGGUCGGGGCGCCGAGGGCAAAGCCUGUGGGGAGCUGAAGAAGGAGAAGGGCAUCCAUCGCCUGGAGGCCAUGCUCUUCGCCCUGGACCGCAUCAACAACGACCCCGACCUGCUGCCCAACAUCACGCUGGGCGCCCGCAUCCUGGACACGUGCUCGCGGGACACGCACGCCCUGGAGCAGUCGCUGACCUUUGUGCAGGCCCUCAUCGAGAAGGACAGCACCGAGGUGCGCUGUGUCAGCGGGGGGCCCCCCAUCAUCACCAAGCCAGAGCGGGUGGUCGGCGUCAUCGGCGCCUCGGGCAGCUCCGUGUCCAUCAUGGUGGCCAACAUUCUACGGCUCUUCAAGAUCCCCCAGAUCAGCUACGCCUCCACAGCGCCGGACCUGAGCGACAACAGCCGCUAUGACUUCUUCUCCCGCGUUGUCCCCUCGGACACCUACCAGGCCCAGGCCAUGGUGGACAUUGUCAAAGCCCUCAAGUGGAAUUAUGUCUCCACCUUGGCCUCCGAGGGCAGCUACGGUGAAAGCGGGGUGGAGGCCUUCAUCCAGAAGUCCAGGGAGGAUGGCGGGGUCUGCGUGGCCCAGUCCGUGAAGAUCCCGAGGGAGCCGAAGCCGGGGGAGUUUGACAAGAUCAUCCGCCGGCUCCUGGAGACCUCCCAUGCCCGUGCUGUCAUAAUCUUUGCCAACGAGGAUGAUAUCAGAAGGGUGCUGGAGGCGGCCAAGAGGGCGAACCAGACGGGGCACUUCAUCUGGAUGGGCUCGGACAGCUGGGGCUCCAAAAUUGCCCCGGUCCUGCACCUGGAGGAGGUGGCCGAGGGCUCUGUCACCAUCCUGCCCAAGCGGGUCUCAGUCAGAGGUUUCGACCGCUACUUCUCGAGCAGGACCCUGGACAACAACCGCCGGAACAUCUGGUUUGCUGAGUUCUGGGAGGAGAAUUUCCACUGCAAGCUGAGCCGGCAUGCACUGAGGAAGGGCAGCAGCAUCAAGAAAUGCACCAACCGGGAGAGGAUCGGCCAGGACUCCUCAUACGAGCAGGAGGGGAAGGUGCAGUUCGUCAUCGACGCCGUCUACGCCAUGGGACACGCCCUGCACAACAUGCACAAGAACCUGUGCCCUGGCAAGGUGGGGCUCUGCCCCCGCAUGGACCCGGUGGAUGGCGUGGAGCUGCUCAAGUACAUCCGCAAUGUCAACUUCUCAGGCAUCGCUGGGACUCCUGUGACGUUCAAUGAGAACGGAGAUGCUCCGGGGCGUUACGACAUCUACCAGUACCAGAUCAGGAACUCCACCCCUGAGUACAAAGUCAUUGGGCAGUGGACAGACCACCUGCACCUCAAGGUGGAGAACAUGCUGUGGCCAGGGGGCGGGAGCCAGCAGCCCAGCUCCAUCUGCAGCCUGCCCUGCAAGCCAGGCGAGAGGAAGAAGCUGGUGAAAGGCAUCCCCUGCUGCUGGCACUGCGAGCGCUGUGACGGCUACCAGUACCAGCUGGACGAGUUCCACUGCAAGCGCUGCCACUUCAACGAGCGGCCCAACGAGAACCACACCAGCUGCACGCCCAUCCCCAUCAUCAAGCUGGAGUGGAGCUCUCCCUGGGCCGUGGUGCCCGUGUUCAUCGCCAUCGUGGGCAUCAUCGCCACCCUGUUUGUGGUGAUCACCUUUGUGCGCUACAACGACACGCCCAUCGUCAAGGCGUCGGGGCGGGAGCUCAGCUACGUCCUGCUCACGGGCAUCUUCCUCUGCUACGCCACCACCUUCCUGAUGAUCGCUGAGCCCGACCUGAGCACUUGCUCCCUGCGGCGCAUCUUCCUGGGGCUGGGCAUGAGCAUCAGCUACGCUGCGCUGCUCACCAAGACCAACCGCAUCUACCGCAUCUUCGAGCAGGGCAAGAAAUCGGUGAGCGCCCCGCGCUUCAUCAGCCCUGCGUCGCAGCUAGUAAUCACCUUCAGCCUCAUCUCCCUGCAGCUCGUCGGCGUCUGCGUCUGGUUCAUCGUGGACCCGUCCCACUCUGUCAUUGACUACGAGGACCAGCGGACUACAAACCCCCACUUUGCCCGGGGCAUCCUCAAAUGUGACAUUUCGGACCUGUCCCUCAUCUGUUUGCUCGGGUACAGCAUGCUCCUCAUGGUCACCUGCACUGUGUACGCCAUUAAGACCCGCGGGGUCCCGGAGACCUUUAACGAAGCCAAACCCAUUGGGUUCACCAUGUACACGACUUGCAUUGUGUGGUUAGCCUUCAUCCCGAUAUUUUUUGGGACGUCACAGUCGGCGGAAAAGAUGUACAUCCAGACCACGACGCUCACCAUCUCGGUGAGUCUGAGUGCCUCGGUGUCCCUGGGCAUGCUCUACAUGCCCAAGGUGUACAUCAUCCUCUUCCACCCGGAGCAGAACGUCCCCAAGCGCAAGCGGAGCCUCAAGGCGGUGGUGACAGCGGCCACCAUGUCCAACAAAUUCUCUCAGAAGGGAGGGUUCCGCCCCAACGGAGAGGCCAAAUCAGAGCUCUGCGAAAACCUGGAAACACAAGCACUGGCCACCAAGCAGACCUACGUCAGCUACAGCAACCACGCCAUUUAGUUCCAGGAGCAGGGACUGGGGAGCUCCUCGAAGGGACACACAGAACAGGGAGGUGGCAGCCGGGGGACACGCCCCAGGGAGCAGCUCCUGGGAAGAAAUGCCAUCAACAGCAGCAAAAAAAUUCAUAAAGAAACACUAAAACUCUUCCAGCGCCCACGGUGGCGAUGCAUGGCUCCCAUGGAGGGACAGCGGUGCGCGGGGACGGAGCAUGGAUGAGAGGGGACGGACUUCAGCAAGUCUUUGGGUUUUUUUUUCCUGUAUUUUGACAAAAAAAAAAAGAAGAGAAAAAAAAAUAAGAGCCCAAACAUUUUCCCUUUUCUGGAAUUUGUGAGAUUGUUUGUGGUUGUGCAGAACCUUCAGUUUUUUUAUUUUUUUUUUAAUCCUCCAUUUUCUUUCAUUCCUGUCUUCCUCCGUCCCUCUUAACUCUCUACCCCACAUCCUACCAAAUUCUGUAUGUUGAAAAAAAAGGAAAAAGAAAUAAAAAUACUUAAAAUUUACAUUAAAUAAAAAAACAGACAGCAAAAUAAAAUAAAAUAAAACCUAGACUGUGUUCAAAGUGCUGAUUUCUAUAGGUGGUUCCUUAAUGUAUGUGAUGACCAUAUGGAUUGAAAUAUGUCUGCUUUAUGUACUGACCGGUCAAAAAACAAAAACAUACAAAAAAAAACAAAGUUCAGUGCCUGGAUGUUUAUGAAUUAUUCGAUGACUGUGUAGAGCAUGAUCAUUUUUAUACGAGGAGAUUUCUAAUAAAAGACCCUGGUUUUGCACUCGG